CCCCCCUCUCACGCUUGCAGAAGGGAGGAACACGAGACUCUUUUUAGUCCUCACGUCAUCGCCGACGUGCCUUCUGGCUUCUGACUCGUGCGGUUGCGCCCGGACAGGCACCGGCUCGCCGCCCCUCUCUCUCUCUCGUAAUCCUUUCCUUUUUCUCCGGGAGCCAGAUCCGGAUGGACCAGUCCCCGGCGAGGCGCCGGGAUAGCCGACGGCGGCGGGGUGGGGGGAGCGCCGCUGCAGCCGCGGCAACGGGGGCUGCUGGUGCGGACGUGCUGGCCGUGGUGCUGGGAAGCGCAGCGGCCACGGCAGCCCCGGUGGCUGCGGGCGGCGCCGCCACGCCGGCGAGGCGCAGGAACCGGCGGAGGUCUCGUAGGCGGCGUGAUCGGAGUGCCGGCGCGGGCGCAGGCGCGGGCGCGGCGGCGGCGGCGGCGGACGAGGAGGCGGCCGCGUCGGAGAACACGGAAGCUCCCGUUUCAGAUGCCAUUUCAACUCAAGGAGGCUCUGCUCUGCAAGCAAGUUGUCAUCUGGAAGCAGUGGCAGAACAUUUGAGCGACAGUGUGCUGCAGACUACAGCUGAGAAGAUAACGGACUCAAAUGAAACAAGAAAGAGAGAUUUUCAGGCUGGAAAUAAGGUGCUAAAAGUUUCUGCGGCAGAUGGUUGCACGGCACAAGAAUCUGAUUAUCACAAUAAAAAAUCAAACUUUCCAGAGAUGAAGAGUCACCAUUUGUCAGGGAACCUGGAAGAAGUAUACCAGAACAGAAUAUUUCCUGGCUAUAGCUCUCUGCAGAAGUCGGAGAAAUAUAAGGAAAAUGAAAAUGGAGCUUCUCUCAACUCCAGCAGUUUAAUGGAGGAAAAGAAGAGAAGGAAAAGAAGAGGCGGGAAGAGACAUAAUCGUUGCAAAAAAGCUACUCCACAGGAUUCUCCAUUGCCAACUGCUGCUGAUACUUCUGGUUUGAUGGAAGUCGUUUCAGAGAACAAUACUUCAUGUCUUAUACCCAAAGGACAGAGGGAGAAUCAGGAUCUGAACAAGGUACCCAUAAGUAACUUAGUUCCAGUGGAUACUGCAAAGAGAUCAGAAGCAUAUGUUGUAAAUUUGGAUAGUGACACUGAAAAGAGGUGUGAACAGGGAACUAGUAAUUUAGACAGCACCUUUGAAAAGAGGUGUGAGCUGGGAAAGAGUAUUUUGGACUACACAAAUAUGGAGAGAAAUGAUCUCCAAGAACGAGACGUACUAUGUUCAUCAAAAGAUCACAGUGCUAACUACCUGAGCCCUUCCCAUUUGGCUGAGGCAUAUAUGGAAAAGCUCAAACUUGUCUUUUCACCAGGACGACCCUUAGGGUUUCCAAAGAAAAAGCUUCUCAUCCUAGAUCUUAAUGGUUUACUUGCGGAUAUCAAUGCUGACUACCACAAUGCUCACAUGGCUGAUGCCAAGGUUCGAGGAAAAUUAGUCUUCCGAAGGCCUUACUGUGAUGAUUUUCUCAACUUCUGUGCACUGAAUUUCGAGCUAGGUGUAUGGUCCUCAAGAAAAAAAGAAAAUGUCGCUUCGGUUGUUAAUAUCGUUAUGAGAGAUUUCAUACCACGCCUGCUAUUUUGUUGGGACAUGUCUAAAUGCACAUUUACUGGACACAAAACACUGGAGAACAUGCACAAACCAUUGGUUCUGAAGGAACUGAGGAAACUGUGGAAUAAGGAAGAUCCUGAUCUUCCAUGGGAAGAGGGGGACUAUUCAGCUUCCAAUACAUUACUUGUGGAUGAUUCCCCUUACAAAGCCCUGCGCAAUCCUCCAAAUACUGCAAUUUUUCCUCGCUCGUACAGUUAUCUGAACUGGAAUGACAAUUCACUGGGCCCCGGUGGAGACCUUCGUGUUUAUCUGCAGAACCUAGCUGCUGCAGAUGAUGUUGAGUGUUUUGUUCGUAAUAAUCCAUUCGGUCAACCCUUCAUCACCGAGAGCGAUCCGCAUUGGAACUUCUAUGCUCAGAUUGCCAACAAAAGGAGCAUCCCCUUGACAUGUGCUUGAAGUCUCCUAUUCCUGGGAGUUCAGUAGUGUCCAUGGUCAGGGAUCAGGGCUCUUAAGCUUUGUAUGUUGUGAUCUUGAGUGGCAGUUUGCUUGUAUCCCGCUAUUGUGGAUUACAGAGUCGCUACUGUGGAUUACAGAGUUUUUGUAGUAUCAGUUUUUCAGGGAAUGCAUCACAAGGUGGUACUACCUAUGUCCACUGUAAAACUGGAAGAGGGCGAAGCACCACUAUUGUAUUGUGCUACUUGGUACUUGAUUAAACACAGGAGCAUGACCCCUGAAGCAGCUUUGGAUCAUGUCCGAUCCAUUAGGCCUAGAGUGCUUUUGGCACCAUCACAGUGGCAGGCUAUUGACACAUUUAUGACUCAUCGCUGGACAACUUCCAAUACGAAGUACAAACCUGGGCAGUUUCCUAGAAGCCGUUGAAGCUUGUCGCACAAACACAGAAAAUGAUGAGUACCAUGCAAUGGAGUUUGAUUACGAAGACAGCAGUUUACCACUAACUCAAAUUAUGCUACAUAGACCAGCCAGCCCCACUAAGAGCAUCUCCAAGAGUUCCCCAUGUUAACUUGCCAUCCUAUUUUUUUUGGCAAACGAAGAAAAAAAGGUC